CACACACACACACACACGUACAAGGGACGUGAAGAGGAGCCGUUGUCCGAGAGUCGUGUGCGUGAUUCAUCCUGACCAGAGAAGAGAGAAGGCCUACAUUCGUUACCGGAGGAAUAGGAAACAAUAACGGAGACGAUUUUUUCAGACAUGGUGAGGCAGUACACCACUAACAUACGUUAAAAACAACAAGGCCUUGAAAAUACAGCUGAAGAUGGAUUGCUACUGAGAUGAUCUCACGCUAAAGCAAACUAAAAUGGAGGUCAUCCAUGCCACUGACAGCACCUCUGGAAUAUUUCAACACUCAUGGAGUCAGUAAAGCACCUCCGGCUGUCGAAACACUCACCUAUCCGUUGCUGAAACACAGCCUAGAGUGACAUCAUUCCGUUUUCGCCAUGUUUCUAGCCGGGUUUGGGACAAUGUGUCUCGCUUGGUUUGUGCUUUCUAUACUGACAACAUGCUCAGCUAUUAACAUGCAUUCAGCAGGCAGCCACAGCACCUUCACGUGUGAGCCGAUCACGCUGCGGAUGUGUCAGGGUCUCUCCUACAACACCACGUUCAUGCCCAACCUGCUCAAUCACUACGAUCAGCAAACCGCAGCCCUUGCCAUGGAGCCCUUCCACCCCAUGGUGAACCUGGAGUGCUCAGCUGACAUGCGUCCAUUCCUGUGUGCGCUCUACGCCCCCGUGUGUACGGAGUACGGUCGUGUAACCCUGCCGUGUCGCCAUCUGUGUCAGCGGGCCAAGAGCGACUGCUUCCAGCUCAUGGACAUUUUUGGAAUAAGCUGGCCUGAAGAGAUGGCCUGCAACCGGUUUCCUGAAUGUGACGAGCCGUAUCCACGAGCCGAGGAUCUCCUCUCAAGUGCUGAUUCCACUGAGGAAUCUCCCGCAUCUGUACAACGUGAUUAUGGCUUCUGGUGCCCGCGCGAGCUGAAGGUGGACCCUGAGCAGGGCUACACAUUCCUCGGAGUUCGCGACUGCUCGCCCCCAUGCCCAAAUAUGUACUUUAAUAGGCACGAGCUUGUCUUUGCCCGCUACUUCAUCGCUGUGGUGUCCAUCAUCUGCCUUUCGGCCACGCUCUUCACUUUCCUUACCUUUCUCAUCGACAUGGGUCGUUUCCGCUACCCUGAGAGGCCCAUCGUCUUCUACUCCGUGUGCUACAUGAUGGUUUCGUUGGUGUUCUUCCUGGGCUUCCUGUUGGAGGAGCGCGUGGCAUGCAACAAGGCGACAGCGGGUCAUUUCCGUGCCUCCACUGUCACACAGGGCUCACAUAACAAAGCAUGCACGCUGCUCUUUAUGACCCUUUACUUCUUUACCAUGGCGGGCAGCGCGUGGUGGGUUGUGCUCACUGUCACGUGGUUCCUGGCUGCAGUACCCAAGUGGGGGAGUGAAGCGAUUGAGAAGAAAGCUCUGCUUUUCCAUGCAGUAGCUUGGGGACUGCCCGGCAUUCUCACUAUCACGCUCAUGGCACUGAACAGGGUGGAGGGUGACAGUGUGAGUGGUGUGUGCUUCGUGGGUCUUUACGAUCUCACGGCUUUGCGCUGGUUCCUCCUUGCCCCGUUAGCCCUGGCCGUGACUGCUGGAGUCGUGCUGCUGUUGGCUGGGAUUGUGGCACUGAACCGUGUCCGCAUGGAGAUCCCCCUGGACAAAGAGAACCAAGACAAGCUGGUCAAGUUCAUGAUCCGCAUAGGCGUGUUUUCUGUGCUCUACCUGGUGCCGCUGCUGAUGGUGAUUGGCUGCUUCAUGUACGAGCAAAGCUACAGACCAUUGUGGGAGAUAACAUGGGUGCAAGAGCAGUGCAGAAACUACCACAUCCCCUGCCCAUUCAAGGUGGAGAAGACGAGCAAGCCAAACGUCGCCCUCUUCCUCAUCAAGUACCUGAUGAUGCUGGUGGUGGGAAUCCCCUCUGUCUUCUGGGUGGGCAGUAAGAAGACCUGCUUUGAGUGGGCCAGCUUCUUUCACGGCCAUCACAAGAAAGACAGUGUGGUACAUAACAGUAAGCAGGUGCUGCAGGAGCCUGACUUUACUCAGCUACUGCUGCGUGAGCCUGGCGUUCCUGUGGUGCGCCAGUCCCGUGGCACCUCCACACAGGGCACCUCCACCCACGCGUCCUCCACCCACCUGGCCAUGCUGGAUGAGGGACACAGCGGUAGCAGCCGUCCGAGCAGCAUGCACAGCAAAGCCAGCAGUUUCCACAGCAGCCGGCGCCGGUCUCACGACGGCAGGUACACGUCCUGUAAUUUCCAUGGUGCAGAAGAGCUCUGCCUGCCCCACAUCAGCGCAUCCCGCCUCCAUGAGGAGCUUCAGCAAAGCAGCGCAGUUCGAUUGGAGAGCCAGUCACGACACGGCGGAUCACAGCGCCUAGACAGCCAGUCACGACACGGCAGCAUCCGGGACCUCAGCAGCUCGCAACUGGCAUCCCAAAGCGUCCCUGUUAACGCCAUCCACUCAGUCACAGAGGAAAAUGGAGCCACUCCUUAAACUUUACACACACCAAGUUUGUGAAAGAAGCACAUGCUAAAGAGUCUUCCUGCACAUGGAUAUCAAACAGACCCUGAUCCAACAUUAGACAUAGACUCAGCAGGAACUUUAGGAAAGCUUUCUGAUCAAAGAACUGCAGGAUCAACAGGGUAAACACAAGGCCUUUUGUUAUAUUAUCUUUUUAAUACUGUAUUGAAGCACUUGCUGCUUCGUGUUCAGGCUAUUAGACUCUUGUGUACAUUUUGUGGAUGUUUUUUUUUUUCAAGAACCUUUCUAACAUUUAUAGACGGAAACACCUUCGCGUUCCUCUGUCGCACUUUGUGUAGAUUUCUUGGAUUAGACCGACACGUUACAGUACACCUCGCUCCUGACGUUCCACCUGAUUUCUCAC